UUAAAAGGCAAGCGGACAUAUCAUUAUUUUUUAAUCAGUACAUUAUCAGUCUUUUCAUUAGGAAAGCAGCCAGGCCCGCUGCCAGGCCUACUCUACUCUCUAGUAGAGAGAGUAGAGCAAGCAGUCAGGCACAGAGCCAGGCACUGGCAGUCUGGCACACUGGCAGUCAGACUGUUCGUCUCAAUUUUUUAUCAACUCUCCAAUCUCCAUACAAAUGCUGACGGCUGGCUAGGUAUAUUAUCAUAAGUACACUAACAAUCACCAACUAUCAUGGCAUCCAUAUAUACGACAAUACCAAGAGCUGAAGGGGUGGAGGCCCGUCUCGCGAAAGCGCAGCCUUAUAUGGGUAUACCACAAAGCAACUUAUUAUUGCUCGUGCCACUCUCACUGAUUGUCUGUCUGGUCCUGCCAUUGUGGGCUGUAUUUGUAUUGCCCAUUUGUGCGAUUUACGUACUAGUUGUGGUCUUACCUGUGCAACUGCAAGCGUAUUUCUCGACUUUCGAUGUAUCAGCCGACAAGAGUGUCGCAGCAUUGACACCUGUAGAGCCACGAACGCCUUUAGAGGACAGAGAAUUCGAUGUGGUUGUGUAUGGUGUCACUGGCCACUCUGGACUUCUGCUAGCUGAGUACUUAGUAAUGCAGUAUGCUAGCAAGGGCGACCUCAAGAUUGCCCUUGCUGGCCGCAAUGCGAAGAAACUUGCCGCCGCGCGGGAAAAACUGGCCGCCAAUUCGCACCCAAGUGCGCUUGAUUUACCACUCAUCAUCGCGGACUCUGGCAAUGAGGAGUCUCUGGAACAGAUGUGUAUGCGCACAAAAGUUGUAGGUACUACUGUCGGGCCUUUUUUGAAGUACGGAGAGGGCCUUGUACGUGCCUGUGGCCGUACUGGAACGGGUUACUGUGAUUUGACUGGUGAGACCGCUUUUGCGGAGAUUGCAUCGGCCAAGUACAAUAAAGUUGCCAUGGAGACCGGUGCGCGUGUAGUGUCUUUUACAGGGUUUGAUUCUGUGCCCGCCGAUGUCGGCACC